AUGGCUAUCAAAGUCUCUUCCUGGUUUAAGGGUCACUUCGGCCCACCAUCGGAUACUAAUGUCACGGACGAAGACGAAGUUAGUGGUCUUGAUCACAGCAUGGAUCUUGAACAUGCAAACGCGGAAGAGAAGAUGUACAAAAAGAAGUACUGGCAACUCCGUAAGCAGGUCGACGAAGACGAGAUCUACAACAAUCUCCGAGCUGAUAAUGCUUUCCUUCGCAACGAUAAGAAAGAGCUCGAGAAUAAGCUUAUACGGGUCGAGAAUGCGAAACUAAGCGCCGAGGUACAACUCAUGAGGCGCGAGAAGGAACUUAACGAUGUCAAAGCAAACAACAGCAUCGAGAGGGGCGCCAGCAACGCACGAAACGAAAGGCUCAAACUAGACAACAGAGUGCUCAGGAACAAUGAGGAACAUAUGAAGUUUCUGCUUCUUUCUCACGAUAUCCGAACGCCAACGCUACCCAUUACAUCAAGGGCUACACCACCCCCUACGCCGGAACUCACAGACGAUGAUUCUGAUAUGGACGAUGCAGACGAUCUUAGCGUCUGUCCAGAGUGGUAUAAUCGCCGCAAUUGCAGCCGGGGUGUUGGUACUAGGCCUAAAAAGUGCGAUCGCGGUGCACAUCCUCAUCUUAUCAACUUCCGUACACCGCUGAGAGCGGCCUUCUAG